AUGGCAUUAUGUGAGGAUGAGCUAUUUCAAAUCUUUUCAUGGCUUCCAGCUAAAUCAUUGUGCAAGUUCAAGAGUGCUUGUGGGUGGACCUUGAAUUUCAGCAAAGAAACAUAUUUUUGCAUGAAGAAUGCACAAAAUAUGUUGUUACAAGAUGACACUGGAUUUUUUAUACAGCAAGACAAUGGUCAGGGGUUUAGUGGAAGAAUUGAAAGCCAUUCUUUCAAUGUUGCGGAAUUAUUAACUUCUGGGGUGCCUCAAGAUUUCCUCAGCUUGUUGGCGAAGUCAGCAAAAAUCAUCACAUCAUGCAAUGGAUUAGCCUUGUGCCGAAGCACGCCGAGAGAGAGUGAAGUUGACCUUUUUCUGUGCAAUGUUGUGACAAAAACAUGGCUGCCAAUUGCUACUCCUGCUAGUGUUCAUGAAUCCCCUGAUGCUGAUGUGAAUGUUGUGUUUCAGUGCAUGAACGAUAGUCUUAAUGUGGAUGACUAUAGAAUAACCUUGAUAGAGAACUCCCUUGAAUGGUCAUCACAUCGUGAUUUGAAAGUGUAUUCUCCAAAGAAAGGUGUGUGGGAAGCCAUGGAGAAAAGCUUCUUUAUUGGUAGUAGGAACAUGAGACUUGAUAUGCCUGUGACUCUGAAUAACACUCUCCACUUCAUAUCUGAUAGUUCUCAAUAUUUUACCAAGUCAAGUCCUUUCUUUAGGCCAUAUAUAAUGGCGUACAAUUAUGAGAGUGGUGAAUCAACAAUGCUGAGGCUCCCAAGAGAUGCAAGAAGAGGUUCUCAUGAUGAUAGUUGCAACAUGGGAAUUUUUGAAUGGGGGAAGGCGAAGAGUUCAGAUCGUUCAAUUUGUUUAGUGAGACACCGGAAGCGCAUCUUUACCGUAUGGAUCUUGGAAGACUACAAGUCAACUUUAUGGAGAAGGGUUUUGAAAAUAAGGGUGAAAGCGAUGGGGUUGAAGGAGGAAGAUCCAAGAGUUGAAGGGUUUGCCGUCAUGAAUGGUGAUUGCUUGAUUUUCGCCACGGAGAAAAAGGUUUAUGGAUAUAAUUUGUGUGGUGGCAAACAUCUUCUAAGGGCAACAGAAAUAUGUGAGCAUGGAUUGAGAGGCAAAGUUUGUUUCACUUCUUAUUCUAACACUCUUAGACCGUGUGGAGCUGGUGCUACAACAUUUCAAGGUUAUGAUACCACUCAUCCCAAGGCAGAAAGAAGCACUUCAAGAGCCUGCAAGACAGACUACUUCUACUCUGAAGAAAAAUGA